UUGUACUUCCGUGACUUCAAAAAUAGACCUAGGUAUUUCCUAUUUUCCGCACUUGAUUUAAUGUUAAUGGUAAGCUGGAAGAAAAGAACAAGGCCACGUCCAUGUUGAAGAAUGUCAGAAAAUGAACAGUAUUUUAUCCUGCUCCUUAAGAAACUGGGCAAGAAGAAGGAGCGAGGGUUUGUGUCGUCACUCAAAUCGGGGUCCAAAGUUGAGUUAUUAGCAGGAACACUUCUUGUGCUAACUGAUAACUUCAGUAAAGGAGACAAAUUGAUCUUCCUUCUUGAAACUUUAGAUAGUGAAACAGUUGAAAUUCAGUGUAUUCCAGGAGAAAUAGAAACUGUCGGCCUGGGAGCUUUAGAUCUGCUCAAUCCAGUGCCAACAUGUCAGGACAGACUCGCUGUUUAUCAAGACAAGGAAUGGAUGAAAGAAGGCCUUGUAUUAAAACAAGGCGAUCAUGUGUUAGUGAAACCAAAAGGAGAACAAACGGAAUUACCAGGAAUCCUUCGCUACAAAGGCAAAGUACCAAAUAUUAAAGGAAUCAUAUUUGGUGUUGAGUUGACAGAAAAUCAAGGAAGUGGUACUAGUGAUGGCCAGUUUAGAAGAGAGCGGUACUUCACUUGUCCUCCUGAUUCUGCGGUCUUCUGUCCAAUACAUCGUAUACAUAAACAAACUAUGGGUGGGAGUAGAGUGCCCCGGCGGGCAGACAAGGACCUGUAUGCCACCGCCUCCCACAUACCCAGCCAGGACUACCCCAACUGUGGACUGCGUCUUGGAGACAGGGUGGUGUGGAUGAGUGACCGGGGACCAGAGUGUGGGACGGUCAAGUGGAUAGGAGUGCUGCCAGAGGAUCGCAAUGCUGAACUUACUGUGGGGGUAGAAUUUGACAACCCAGUGGGGUCAGGCACAGGAAAAUAUAAAGAACACCGACUAUUUUAUGCUCGGCAAAAUCAUGCAUCACUUGUUCCUAUACUAGGCUUGUUAAAAGAAGAGGAGUUUUUCAGUCCAGGUUUCACUCAAGGCGAUUACAGAGAUGAGCAUAUCAAUGUUGUACACCUAGAUCAUCAACAUACUGGUUCAUCAGGGCAUAAACUGCUGGACUAUAACACAGAUAAUGAACAGGACAUCUCCUUAAGUAAACGGGAUUUUUCUGAGGUUCUCAAACACGGGAAGAAGACCACUGAAGAAUUUAAGGAUAACGUGCAGGGAAAUAACCUUGAUUUUGGCAUGGCGGAGAAAGUGCGUGACAUGAAGGUAUAUGGAUUAUCAGGGGAUCUGGUGUCAAGGAAGAACCCUCUGUAUAAUUCUAAAGAAAAUGUAGGUGAAAUUAACCAAUAUGAUAAGCAUCAGGACACUUCAGUUGGUAAUAGUUCCCAGAGUACCGGAAAGGUUGCUCCGACGCCAGACCCAGACCUGGGCGUGGACUCCAUGGUGGAGGUGCUGGGCAACCCGCCUCUAUAUGGAGUCAUCCGUUGGGUCGGCGCACUCCCCGACAACCCCUGGAAACAGAUAGCAGGGCUGGAGAUGGAGGAUGAGACUUCGGCAGGCACUGAUGGGACAUUUAAGGGCCACCGUCUGUUUCAUUGUGGACCGAAGAGAGCACUGUUUGUCCCGUUGUAUAAAUGCCAUAAAGACAAACGCUUCCAUGCAGCCAACAGGAGGAGCACAGAUAGCACGUCUUUUGGAAUAUUAGAGACCCCCGACAUAUCUGGUGAUGUAUCACCACCAUCGUCACUAGAGACUGUGAGAAAACUGAUUGGUAAAAACAAGGGAAUACAAGGACAUCAUAAUUCAUGCUAUUUGGAUGCAACUUUAUUUGCAAUGUUUUCUUUCACAACUGUGUUUGAUUCUGUGUUAUAUCGACCACCAACACCAGGGGACUUGGAGGCAUAUGCUGAUGUGCAGAAAGUACUCAAGGAAGGAAUUGUGAACCCAUUGAGAAAACUCCAUUAUGUGAGAGCUGACAAAGUGAUGGCCUUGCGGAAGUUUUUGGAUAAACUUGGGAAGAUACCUGGCAUGAUGGGAGAAGAGAAAGAUCCGGAAGAGUUUCUGAGCACCUUACUAGGACAGAUAAUGAGGGCUGAUCCAUUGCUGCAUCUCAGCUCGGGGGAGAAGACCAACUUUUACCAGCUGUUCAUGGAGAAGGAUGACAUGUUACUGCUUCCCACCACCCAGAAGUUGGUGGAGCUUUCCUUCCACCAGAGUAACGUCAAGUUGAAGGAGGUGCCGUCAUGCUUCAUCAUCCAAAUGCCAAGGUUCGGGAAAGACUACAAGAUGUUCCGCCGGAUUAUUCCCAGCUUGGAACUGGACAUCACAGACAUCCUGGAAGAAGGAGCCCGGGAGUGCAUUGUCUGCGGCAACCUGGCCACGCAAGAGUGUAAGGACUGCUACCAGCUACAGAAAACAAUGUUGAGUGCAACAGCCUUCUGUCAAAACUGUUGUUUAAAGAGCCAUCAGCACAAGACACGAAAGGGCCACGUGCCGACCCCCAUCAAGGUGUCUGAGAGUCUACAGAAGCACCUCUCCUCCUGCACUGAUGUGGAUCUCAGUUCCCACAGAGAGAAGAUGGAGCUGUUCGCUGUUGUGUGUAUACAGACCAGUCAUUAUGUCUCCUUCGUCAAGUGUGGCACCGGGGAUGAAGCCCAAUGGGUCUUCUUUGAUUCAAUGGCAGAUAGAAUGGGUGAACAAAAAGGAUACAACAUCCCAGAGGUGAAGGUCGUCCCUGAAUUGUCAGGAUGGCUGUCGGAAGGGAACUGGGAUAAGAUCCAUAAGAUUGACGAUGACAAGCAGCUUCCCGAGUCCAUUCGUCGCCUACUGUGUGAUGCCUACAUGUGCAUGUACCAGAGCUCGGAGGUCGCCAUGUUCAAAUGAUGGAUGCACUUGGUUAUCUGGAAAUUAACCUACCAUGUCCAAAUGGGCCCUUGGCAACCAUUUUGUGUCACUGGCAUUCAUGACCGUGUGAUUGGCCAUGAGAUGCCCCAACAGGAUGGAGUGAUGUGGGGAUGGCUAGAUGAAGAAUAACAAUUCAUAUGCUACACAUGCAUGAAACGUUUUUUCACUGAAAAGCAAACCAGUUAGUUGUUAUCUCUGUGUGAACCGUGCUGUACAGGAGGCUAUAAACACAUUCUUUGUUGUGAUAUGAUGCCUGCAUUGAUAGUAACAGCAUGAAGCAGUACGUGAAACUUGGCGACACUUAAUUGUCAUGUUGAGGGUCUGUACUGUAUCAAAUCAGUACUCAUUAAUGAAUCCAUCUAUGAUUUCUACAAGAUCUAUUUCCUACAAGAUACAGAUAUGUGUAUGGUACCCAGGGCUUUUCCAGGUGAGGAUAUGGGUCCCCAGCAACGUAUGCUUGUUGUAAGAGGCGACAAAAUGGAUCAGGUGGUCUGGCUCAGUGACUUGGUGGAUGCAUGUCAUUGUAUCCCAAUUGUGUAGAUCAAUGGUCCGGACAUGAUUAUUUACAGACCGCCGUCAUAUAGCUGCAAUAUUGCUGAGCGCGGCGUUAAAUAACAUGUGGUGCUGCAUCGUUACAUGACCGCAUGACCUGAUACUGACAUCACAGCAUGUGCCGGUUGUAUCACACUGUUACUUCAUAACAGCCAUAGUUAGAGCUUGUGAGAAGUUAAUAAUAGUUACACUCAAUAGAUUUUUUGUUAUUAUAUAGUGCCACGCUGUGUAUUUCUAGCACUGGAUAUGUAUAUAACUUGAUUUGCUGUUGAUGUAUAUGUAUAUAUAUCGUGUAUGUGUGUCUAACAGUGUACGUAUAUUGUCUAAAUAUUGCUUGCAGUGUAGGGAGGCUUGUUUCAAAGCUCAAGUACAAGUACCAGUAAAAUAUAUGGUUGAGAUGGUUUGGUGUUGCUUCGAGUGAACGUAUUGGAUACUUCACAAUGUUUACAGGAGAUACAUACAACUGACUUGUUUGGCCUGAUGUGACGAUGGUGACGACAUACAGUUCUUGCAGUGAUCUUGUUCAUUUAGUGAUCUUGUUCUAUAUACCUAUGUUGUUAAACCUGCAACAGAUAUCCGUGAGUGUAUAAUUGUUUGCAUCAAAUUGAGUGCUAUAUUUCAUUUUCCUAUGUUAACAAUUACUGUAUAUAGGUUGUGUAGAAAGUGAAAGUACAGCUAUUUUAAGAGUGAGUGAGUAUGGUUUUGCGCCACUUUUAGCAAUAUUCCAGCAAAAUCACUGCGGGGACAUCAGAAAUGGGCGUCACACAUUGCACUCAUGUUGGGAAUCGAACCUGGGCUUUAACCACAAGGCUACCCCACCUCCCCAGUUUUGUUAAGACAUGAAACAGGUUAAUGAAAGGUUAAGGAGCAAGUAACGAUGCCGGUACAGGCCACCCGAGCAUUGCUGAAUGUGGUGAAAAAGUAUCGUGAUGGCAUGAGGUAUGGUGGUGGGAUACAGGAGGUCAGAAUCAGCACCUGUAUAUAUAUACCGCACACAACAGGAGUCAUUGUGGCCACCCGAUCACCAUUUGAAACUGGAAGAACAUUGUAGUCUUGUAGUCCCCUACAUGAGUUAUCACCAAACCGAAAUUCUCUGCAUCUUGACAGUAGUGGCAUUUGAAAAUGGCACUUUUUGUCUCCAAUCUAACAGAGUGUUUGAUUGUCAGUUUUGAAUUUUUAGGUUGUAAAGUUUACUGUUGAAUAUUUCUCAACUCUCCACAUGUUUCCUUGUGGCCAGCUUAGUGUGGUAAUGUAUAAUGUUGUAUGUGCGUAUGUAUUGUGUCGAAUGUUGAGGAGGAGUUUGACAUAGUGCCAAGCAGAGUCCAGCCCUCCCAGCCAGGUGUAUGUCUGCUGCUUUGUUCACUCAACCCCUGGAGAAGACCAUGUAUAGCCUUCAGCAGUGAGAAUACAAUCACAUGGCUUUCAUGAUUGUCCAGUCAUUUCUCAACCAUGGAUACUGAAGGAACUUCUUGGCCGAGGGAAUAACCAUCCAUCUACUUUGAUAUGGAAAAUCUGUCUCAGGUUAAUGACUGGGGUACUACCUGAACCAAUGAACCAGCACUUGCAGCAUUCAGAAAAGAGGGACUGUUAGUCUGUGAGUGCUCAAUACAUUAUUCCAUAUAUUAUCCAUUUUGAGAAAUAAAAUGAAGAUUAACAUUAAAUGUUUGGCCUACAAGGAAAUUUACCUUUCAACCUCUUCUUUUAAUAGGUGUUACAUAAUCAGUAGGUGAUAUCUUGCACAAUGGAUAUGCUGUUCUGAACAUCAAGUAGACUGAAUCCCUUAUAAACUUUGAGAAUCGCUCAAAUGCACAUGUGCAAAAAUGUGCAGGCAUUAAACCCCCAACAACUACAUGAGAGUUUGUUAAACAACUUUUUCUACACUUCGAGACAGUGUCUGAAAUUAUGGUUAUUAGUUGGUAUGGACAAAUCAAUAACUUUCAUGCCUUUUAAGACAAAUUCUUGCUUUCAGAUUUAAAUCUAUUUUGCAUUUCAUAGGGACGAUUUUGCAGCAAACAGACUGUAGUUUCGGUGAAGAAAGUUCUUUUGAUCCAGAAAUGUGUGCAUGGGUUUUUGUAGCUGAAUCAGCAGUCACAUUGUUGGACUGUUCACAAUGGCAGUGUUACAUGUCCAUGUGGUUUACAUGCUGUGCUGUUCUGAGGUCAACUAUUUUAAGUGAUUGAAAGGUUAUGCAUAAUCUUCCCAUGUGGUUGGUAUGGAGCAAGAAGCAGAACCCACAUGGAGGCUCCAGACCGUCUCAUAAUUCAAGUUGAACAAGGAAAAGCAAUUACAUCAUGGAAAGAACCUCUACCCAGGGUUGGUGAAGACCAAUGAAUAGUUGUAAGGCCUUGUCAGACAUCGGUGUACAGAUACUUUGAGAGUGCUGAGGAACAUCCCUUGCGACAGUAAUGUACGUAAGAUGUAAAGGGAUCGGGUGGUCAGGCUCGCUGACUUGGUUGAUGCAUGUCAUCGUAUCCCAAUUGUGUGGAUAGGUGCUCAUGAUGUAAAUCACUGGAUUGUCUGGUCCAGAUUUGAUUAUUUAAAGACUGCCGUCAUAUAGCUGGAAUAUUGCCUAGUGUGGCGUUAAACAACAAAGUAACACAAAACAAUGAAACCUUGUUAAUAUCCUUGGUUCCAUUCUCCGUAACAUAAGCCAGUUAAACAAAUGUUAUUUGUAUGUAAAGUGGGGUUUUGUUUUCCUGACUAAUGUGGUUGAGACUAGCAGGGUUACAGUGUAGAACUUUGACAGAACCUGGAGCUCCCUUCAAGCGGUCAACCUAAGGGGGAUUCCAUUGUUGGAACUAGUCACCUGCAACCUGUGCUUGUCAAUAUAGGCAUCCAUGUGGAUAGUGCUCUGACUCGAUGACUGUGUGGAUUGUUGCUCAUAAUAUCGGUCACUGGUUUGUCUGGUCCAGGCUACUGUCAUAAAGAUGGAAUAUUGCCGAGUGUGGCGUAAAGCAGCAAAGAAACAAAUUCAAGUGUUUAACAGUUCAGCUUGCUCCAUGGGUAGUGUAUGCUGAGUACAUCAAAUGUGUUGACAUCAACAGGAGAGGUGAGGUGAAAUGGGGUUUAACGUCGCGUCCUCGUUGCACUUAUAUAGUGCCGUGUAUGUGUGUGUGUGUCUGCUUGUACUAGGCCGGACUGAUGCCGAUUUAUAGUGCUAGCUCACUGAGAUACCAUGCUGCAGUUUAACAUGAACACCCCACUCAGACACAGUAUACUGACUCCGAGCCAACCAGUCCUUGUUUUAGCCGCUUAAUGCUGAGCGCCAGACAGGGUAACAACAAGUACCAUCUUUUAACGUCUUUUGGUAUGACAUGGUCGGGGAUCGAACCUCGGACCUUCCUCUCUCUGGGCCGACGCUCUACCAUUAGACCACGGAGGCGGUCUGACAUAAACAGAACCAUGACAACUAGUUUAUUUGUUAGGUCAGGCAUGUCUUUGUGUGAUACAGAGUCUAUAAUGGAAUUGUGAAAAAUUAAUGUUCCUGUUACCUUGAAUAGUGAGCGGAAAUGUCAGAGAGUUCACACUGUGCUCACACAAAAAAGGACAAGUAAUCGCUGUGGUCACAAGUUACCCUGAGAACAACAGGAGACAAAAUGCUGUAUCCAAAAAACAGAAUAUGAAAAAGAUUCACAAGACUUCAAAUGUCUAUGUGACCUGUGAAAUGUGAUGUUGCAUAAACAAGACUAACAAGAUAUAAACAUCGGGUUCUGAAGUAAAGGCUUGGUGUAUCUGUACUGGCCUUUGUCUGACAGAAGUGUGGAGAAUGUUUGAUCCAUUGGUUGAGUCUUAGAUGUAGCUGCCUUGGCACGAGGAAACAGUUGUCAUGAGGGGAGUACUUUACUUGUCUGGCUACCAUUUGUUUUUGGUCAAACAUGUCACAUUGCUCCUGUGACAGGUUGAAUUCAAGGAUCAUUUACUACAUGCAAGAGAUGUGCCAUCCUUCAAAUUGGGUUUAAAGACAAUUGAUUACAUUGAGUAGAAAUGUUUGUCCAGAUGUGGAAUGGCAAUGACAUGAGCGUGUAAAUUCCAUCAGAAUGUUAUUAGCAAACAAAUAUUCAAAUGUGUAUUAUUAGUGAUAUUAUUUGCUUAUUUAUUUGUCACUGCAGUGAAAAACUUUGUAAAAAUAUGAUAAAAGUUCCAUGAUUACUA